AUGGUUGCACAGAUUAUUGAUGGUAAGAACAUAGCUUUGGAGCUUCGUCACAAGAUCCACGAUGAAAUCGCUCAACUUCAGCUCAAACAUGCCGAUUUCAAACCACAUUUGACCAUUAUUCAAGUUGGUGCAAGACAAGACUCCUCGACCUACGUCAAAAUGAAGUUGAAGGCAGCCGAGGAAGCCAGCAUCGAAUGCAAUAUCAUCAACUUACCAGAAGAAACCACUGAGUUUGAGUUGUUGAGUCAAGUAGCCAAAUUGAACAGCUCUUUGGAUGUUGACGGUAUCUUGGUCCAAUUGCCAUUGCCCAGCCACAUUGACGAAACAAAGGUCACCAAUGCUGUGUUGGCUGACAAAGACGUUGAUGGAUUUGGACCAUUCAAUGUUGGCGAAUUGGCUAAAAAGGGUGGUGAACCAACAUUCUUGCCAUGUACACCAAAGGGAAUCAUGCACAUGUUGAAAGUUUCGGGUGUUGAUGUUGAGGGUAAAAAUGCCGUUGUUUUGGGAAGAUCCGAUAUUGUUGGAAAGCCAAUUGCCAACUUGUUAACCAAGGCUAAUGCCAAUGUCACUAUUUGCCACUCUAGAACUUCAAUUGACCAAGUCAAAAAGUACCUCGCUGAAGCCGACAUUGUUGUCGCAGCGAUUGGCCGACCAGAAUUCGUCAAGGGCGAUUGGUUGAAACCAGGUGCAGUGGUUAUUGAUGUUGGUACAAACUUUAUCCCUGACUCAACAAAGAAAUCUGGCCAAAGAAUGGUGGGUGACGUAGAGUUUGAAUCGGCAAAGGAAAAAGCCGAAUUAAUCACUCCAGUGCCAGGUGGCGUGGGUCCAAUGACUGUAGCAUGUCUUUUGGAAAAUGUCAUUAUUGCUGCAAAAAACCACUACAAGGCCAACAAUGAAACACCAAAAUUCACCAACCCUUUAAAAUUGAACUUGCAAAAACCUGUUCCUUCAGACUUUGAAAUCUCUCGUGCACAACAACCAAAGCGUAUAACCCAAGUUGCCGAAGAAGCCGGCAUCUUGGACUCUGAGUUGGAGCCAUUUGGCUUUUACAAAGCAAAAGUCUCAUUGGAUAUUUUGAAACGUUUGAACAACAAGAAUAACGGUAAAUACGUCUUGGUUACUGGUAUCACACCUACACCUUUGGGUGAAGGUAAAUCAACUACAACUGUUGGUUUGGCACAAGCUCUUGGUGCCCACUUGAACAAAAACGUUUUUGCCAAUGUUAGACAACCAUCAAUGGGUCCAACAUUUGGUAUCAAAGGUGGUGCUGCUGGUGGUGGUUACUCACAAGUCAUUCCUAUGGAUGAGUUCAACAUGCAUGUCACUGGUGAUAUCCACGCCAUUACAAUGGCCAACAAUUUGUUAGCUGCUGCUAUCGACACAAGAAUGUUCCAUGAGUCUACACAAAAAGAUGGUCCAUUGUACAAGAGAUUGGUACCUGAAAAGAAGGGUAAGAGGGCAUUUACCAGAUCAAUGCUCAAGAGAUUGGAAAAAUUGGGAAUCAACAAGACUGAUCCUAAUGAAUUGACACCAGAAGAGAUUACUGCGUUUGCAAGAUUGGAUAUCGACCCAGAAUCAAUUACUUGGAGAAGAGUUGUUGAUUGUAAUGAUAGAUUCUUGAGAGGUAUCACUGUGGGUCAAGCACCAACCGAAAAGGGAUUUACUAGAGCUACAGGUUUCGAUAUUACUGUUGCUUCAGAAUGUAUGGCUAUCUUGGCAUUGGCCAACUCAUUGGAAGAUAUGAGAGAGAGAUUGGGUAAGAUGGUUAUUGGAUCAUCAAAAGCUGGUGUUCCAGUUACUUGUGAAGAUAUCGGAUGUGCCGGUGCAUUGACUGCAUUGUUGAAGGAUGCCAUCAAGCCAAACAUUAUGCAAACAUUGGAAGGAACUCCAGUAUUUGUUCAUGCUGGUCCUUUUGCAAACAUCUCCAUUGGUGCCUCUUCGAUAUUGGCAGACAAAAUGGCUUUGAAAUUAGCUGGUACUUCUGCUGACUUGACUCCUGAAGAAAGAAAAGAGCAAGAAGGUUAUGUUGUUACCGAAGCUGGAUUCGACUUUACAAUGGGUGGUGAAAGAUUUAUCAACAUCAAAUGUAGAUCAAGUGGAUUGGUACCCGAUGUUAUUGUUAUUGUGGCUACUGUGCGUGCAUUGAAAGUUCACGGUGGUGGUCCCGAAGUCAAGGCAGGUGCUCCAUUGGCUCCAGAAUAUACACAGGAAAAUGUGGAAUUGUUGAGAAGUGGUUGUUCUAACUUGGCCAAGCACAUUGCCAAUGCCAAAUCGUAUGGCUUGCCAGUUGUUGUGGCCAUCAACAAGAUGUCUUCUGACACUGAUAAGGAGCAUCAAGUUAUUAAAGAGGAGGCAUUGAAAGCUGGAGCUGCUGAUGCCAUCGUUUCAAACCACUGGGAAGAAGGUGGUAAGGGUGCUGUUGACUUGGCCAAUGGUGUUAUUGAGGCUGCUAACAGAACAGAUAAGAACUUUAAUUUCCUUUAUGGUCUCGAACCUUCUGUUGAGGACAAGAUUGCCACCAUUGCUAAAGAGAUGUAUGGUGCCGGUGAGGUUGAAUUCUUACCAGAAGCUCAAAAGAAGAUUGACUUGUACACCAAGCAAGGUUUUGGUAAAUUGCCAAUCUGUAUUGCAAAGACACAAUACUCAUUGUCCCAUGAUGCUGCGUUGAAAGGUGUUCCUACAGGAUUCAAAUUCCCAAUCAGGGAUGUUAGAGCCUCGAUUGGUGCUGGAUACUUGUACGCUUUGGCUGCUGAGAUUCAAACCAUUCCAGGUUUACCAACUCAUUGUGGUUUCAUGAAUGUGGAAGUCAAUGAGGAUGGUGAAAUUGAUGGUCUUUUCUAG